AUGCCGUCCCAACUAGGCUGGAUCUGGCCCAAAGAUCCACGCCCCGGCAACCCACAACAUUGGCCACGCCGUUGGCGCUUCUUUGACGUCCUCACAAAUAAAGGGCCAGACAUCUACGUGGGCCGAAUCGACCAGCCCAAAACCAAGACCAGAAAGUCAACCUCUAAACGGUCCGGGCCCACAACACAAGAAUGGUCCCGGUGGGGGAAGAGCCCUUCCGACCCUGACUCAGGUUACAGUCCGUUCCCUUGGGCGCGGCGGCCUGCGGGGGAGCGCUAUGAUUUCCGCACAAGGAAGUACCAUGUCCCGGACCGUGGAACGUGGAGUGCUGUUCAGUAUUGCAAUGGAGGAAAGUCUCGGAGGGGGGAAUGGGUCGGGAAGGAGGAGGUGCAUUGUGUGCCGAUGCGAUAUUGGGAUCGGAAUGGGUAUGAGUAUCCGGCGGAAUUUUGGCAUGAUGCUAUCUAUGGGAGGCAUAGAAGUUGA